AGACAAGAAAAAUCUAAACUCCAACCAAUAGAUAUCAAGAUACUGAUAUCACGAGAUAAGCAAAAUGAUUCUGUAUUCAUUAGCUUUCAGAUUAUAAAUACAUGGCAACCUCACCGUAACAAAACCAUCCAAUUCAUUACAAGUUAUCUAAAAACUUUAACUUGCACCACACUCUAACAGCAAUGGCCGCCUCUACAAUGGCUCUAUCCUCUCCCGCUUUGGCCGGAAAGGCCGUGAAGCUUGCUCCCGCAGCCUCUGAAGUCUUUGGAACCGGCCGAGUCACCAUGCGCAAAACCACCAAACCAGCCGGCCCAUCUGGCAGCCCAUGGUACGGAUCCGACAGGGUUAAGUACUUGGGUCCAUUCUCCGGAGAGCCCCCGAGCUACCUCACCGGAGAGUUCCCAGGCGACUACGGAUGGGACACCGCUGGUCUAUCCGCUGACCCCGAGACCUUCGCAAGAAACCGUGAGCUAGAAGUUAUCCACUGCAGAUGGGCCAUGCUCGGAGCCCUAGGCUGCGUUUUUCCUGAACUCUUGGCCCGUAACGGAGUGAAGUUCGGAGAAGCGGUUUGGUUCAAGGCCGGUUCACAGAUCUUCAGCGAAGGUGGGCUCGACUAUUUGGGCAACCCGAGCUUGGUCCACGCUCAGAGCAUCUUAGCCAUUUGGGCCACUCAAGUGAUCCUCAUGGGGGCUGUUGAGGGUUACAGAGUCGCUGGAGACGGACCAUUGGGAGAAGCGGAGGACUUGUUAUACCCAGGGGGUAGCUUCGACCCGUUGGGCCUCGCUGCUGACCCAGAAGCGUUCGCGGAGUUGAAGGUGAAGGAGAUCAAGAACGGAAGGUUGGCUAUGUUCUCCAUGUUUGGAUUCUUCGUUCAGGCCAUUGUCACCGGAAAGGGACCGUUGGAGAAUCUCGCUGACCAUUUGGCUGAUCCAGUCAACAACAACGCAUGGGCCUUCGCCACCAACUUCGUCCCCGGAAAGUGAGUUUAAUUUGUGAUCGUGUUGUGUGUAUCCGGUUUGUUAAAUCUUGAAUGUGAUAUAAAAACUUAAAAUGUUAUGAAAUAUUUAUUAUAAAUUUGAUGAUAUUGAUGGAUCAA